AUGCAGCUCACUUCGCUCGUCUCCUUCGUGGCACUAGCCACCGUCGUCUCCGCUGUGCCCGCUAAGGAGCGCGUCGGUACGAUCAUCCCCUUGACCAAGCGUUCGACUUUGGUCGAUCAGGACGGCGUGGUCAAUAUCAAGUCUUUGCGAAAUCAGAUCUUAAGGGCCAGCAGUAAAUUGAACCGUGGGUUCGCGGCUUUCGAGAAGAACACGGGGAGCUUCCACCCCAACGAUGUUAGGAAUAUCACCAAGCGGGCCACGGGUGCCGACCCAUUGACGGAUGACCAAGAGGCUCUUUGGCAAGGUGCCAUCUCCGUGGGCACUCCAGCGAAGACGUUCACAGUGGACUUCGACACAGGUAGUAGCGAUCUCUUCCUUCCGGCCUCCAAUUGCGCCGUCAACUGCGCAGGCCACACCUUGUGGACCACCGGUGCAAGCUCCACCUCUAGAAAUGCCGGACGGAGUUUCAGCCUUGCAUUCGGCGAUGGCUCAACUGUAUCGGGGACUGUUUUCUCUGACACCGUGACGGUCGCUGGAUUGACGGCAACUUCGCAAGCCGUAGGCGCGGCCACACGCUACUCCACCGGCUUUGCUAAGGCUGAAUUCCCUCCCGAUGGCCUCAUGGGCAUGGCAUUCCCGCAGAUAUCAGAAUUUGGAGCAAACCCAGUCUUCCAGACAUUGGUUGCACAAGGGAAGACUACUGUGUCUGAAUUUGCAUUUAAACUGGCUACUUCUGGCUCUGAGUUAUUCCUGGGCGGUGUCAAUAACAACCUGUUCACGGGAGCGUUCACGCAGAACCGUGUGACAGCAGUGGGCUUCUGGCAAAUUGCUCUCGGGUCUGCCAAUGUCAACGGCACUCCUCGAGUGACUGGAGGACAAGCGAUUGUCGACACCGGCACCACCCUGCUGCUUGGACCACAGAACGCUGUCACCCAGUUCUACGCAGCCAUCCCUGGCGCGCGCGAUGCAACAAACACCGUAGGGUCCGGGUUCUUUACAUUCCCUUGCAACAGUCUUCCCCCCCUCAGUUUGACCUUGGGUGGUCGGGCUUUCCCCAUUUCGGCGGCCAGUUUCAACCUAGGUCAACUUUCAGCCGGAUCGACCACAUGCGUGGGCGGCGUGGCUGCCGUUGACUUCGACAACAUGUGGAUCCUCGGCGAUGUAUUCUUGGAGAAUGUUUAUACCGUAUUCAACACAGCAACGCAACAAGUUGGGUUUGCCACUCUCAGAUGA